AAUGUUAAUUGUUAUCUCCUGUUUAAUCACGAUAUUUUUUUACCACUUUGGCAAUCGCGCGUAAUAACCAACUGAUGUUUACCCCAAGAUUUUAACUGCGUUCACGCUUUUGGUGAUUUCAUGUGGCCGGUUUACUUUGGGAAUUCGCAACAAGUUCUGCCAUUUUAUUUAAUUUAGAGUGAAGUGCAGUUUCAAUUAUGGAGCACGAGGAAUAUGCUCGUGAGCUAGCUGCUCAUUAUAAAAUUAACCCCCAUUUGCCGUAUCAUUCUAUAAUUGAAGAACUAAAGAAUGUGCUUGAUUCCAAGCGCUCAGAUCUGCAAAAGCUUUAUAAAAUGAAAGCUGGGGUACAGAAGUUACAGGAUGCUGCGGGUGGGAGUUUUUCUGCUGUCGUUCGUUCAAGCAGCGACUUCAUAAAUGGACCUAUUUUAUCUGGACCUAAAGAAAGUUACACCUUGGAUCGAAGAUCUAGUCGUGUCACCACUUCAGAAGUCAUUAAAGGAAUUAACAGUGAUGUUCAAGACUUGGCAGAGGAUAUCGGAGAUUUAGAAACGUCGCUUCUUUUACUAAAGCACUACCAACCCAGUUUAGAUUGUCAGAAUUCUGUCGCAAAUUCAGUUGGUGGUUGCGAUAGCAUAGAACAGCGUCUGGGAGAGUUACAAAAAGCCUUGGAUAUAGAGUUGCAGGUCCGCAGUGGGGCAGAGCGUCUAAUUCAGACAUAUAAAUCAGGUCCUCGUCAUAUUCUUGAUGAAGCUAAGAAACAGUAUGAAAAUGCCAACAACAAAAUUGGAUUUAUUCGUAAUCAAAUGAUUCGUGUGAAACAAAUGAAUGAAGGAUUUUGCCAGUCAGAUACGUCAUCCCUUGAGAAUUUUCUAAUAUGGAAAGACAAAGUGAUAGAGUUGGCACACCGUUUACGAGUUGAACGUGCUUUAUUCACUGGUAGUCGGAAGGCUGUUAAUGCCGUUUUGGACAAUCAAGCUCAUGUAGAUAAAUACAGAAAACUGCAGGUUCUUCAGGAGGCUCGCGAAUCACUCCACAGGCUUUACCUAUUUCAAGAAUCAAUAAAGCCACUUCUGAAAAGACCACCAUCAACACAGUCAUCCGAAAUGAUUUCUUCUAUUGUCGAUGACCCAGAAAUGACUUUAUUAUUAUCUCCGCCGUGGUCUAAUACUUCGUUCCAUGCAAAUAGUUCACUGACGAUACCAAACCCACCUACUGCGAUUACCGGCAGUCUGGAAGUUCGAUGUUUAGGUUGCCAGGAUAUUGUGGAUGUGUUUCCAGCAGACCUUGUAAAUAACGAACUUUCAGGCACAUCGACCAACAAAGGGAUUAAUGCGAUCCAAACAGUUAUGACAUCACGUAUAUCAGAUAAUCAUUGGGUGGAUGUUCGAUGCUCUUUACUCGUCGAUCAUAAACGCGUUUGGGACUCGCCAUGGCGGCAGCCUAAUCAACAGUGUUGGGAUGCAAAAACCACUUUCAGUAUUGAUCGAGGCAAAGAACUAGAAGUUCAGGUGUACUGGAAACGUAUGAUUCUUCCGUCAAACUCAUCCAACUCAACCAGUCCUUCAGCAUCUACUGCUUCAAACAAAAGUGGAUCAUUUGAUGAUUCUGGUUCUGGACUCGAAUGGGUUUUGGCGGCUGUGAAUUACUUACGUCUAGAGGAACUACUCAGUGGUGAUUCACGUUCUGUACUUCUUCCUAUGCUACCGAAGGGAAAGGUUUUCCUUGUCGUUAAAUUCUCUGAUCCCCUUCUUUCUAAACCACGGUGCAAUUUACAUCGUCAAAAACGUUUGUUUUCCAAACGCAAAGGUCAUAAUAUUCCACGUAUUAAUGAACUCGAUAUGAAUAUCCCCUUAUGGACUCGUAUGCUCAAAAGUGGUCAGCUGUCUAAAAUGAAUCGAUCUGUUGGUGGUGGUGGUUCUUGGACACUAAGUCAUUCAGGAGAAUAUGGUUCUUCAGGAUCUGUAUUGAUGCAUGGUCUGGAAGGUCGUUUCCAUCAGUUGAAUACAUCUCUUAAUGAUUCACCAGUUCUUGCUCAUGCUGUUGAUGAAAAAAGUCGGCUAAAUAGUUGUAAAUCCUACACACCACAACCUACCUGUCCCACUCAGUCAUACGGUUCAUCUAAUACCUCCCUUACGACUCCUCAGCGUCCACUACUUACAAUUGUUCGUGAAAUAGAUACUUCAUCUGACGAAGAAAUGCCAUUUAUCGAGACUGAGAUAAAAAUCUCAUAUGAGAAAACCGUUUCGGCUGGGGACACUGGCGGCACUCCUCACUCACCAACAUUUCGUCGUCCACCUAUUUCAAGUAACUGUUCAGUGUCUUCGGAUUAUGAUGUUGCACCAGUUGUCAUUGAAUACUCUGGUGACAAUAAAGCUAUUUCUAAACCUCAUACAUCACGUACUUCAGAUUAUGCUAGUCCAGAAGAGCUUACUAGCAAAGAAAUACUUUCCAAUUUGAAUCAAAAUGAUAUCAAUUCACGCAACACCGAUUAUGUUAAUAUGGAUGUACAUCGAUCAAAUUCAGGUCCUGUAGUAUUGUCUACAGAGAAAGAAAGUAAAGAAUUUCCUGCUCCAGAAUCUCAACUCACUCCAGUUUCAGAAACUUCAACCCCUUUGCCACCUGACAAACCCACAACAGUGCUAAGUAUGAUCGAUUUUCGUACUGUCGCUGUACUUGGACGUGGUCAUUUUGGUAAAGUUUUACUGGCUCAAUAUCGUGAGAAUAAUCAAUACUAUGCAAUAAAAGCGUUGAAAAAAGCAGAAAUCAUAUUUCGCAAUGAAGUUGAUACAUUAUUGGCAGAAAAGCGUAUCUUUCAAAUCAUUACUGAUGCUCAGCAUCCAUUUCUCAUAAAUUUAAUUGCUUGUUUUCAGACAAAGGAACAUGUUAUGUUUGUCAUGGAGUAUGCUCAGGGUGGUGAUCUUAUGCUCCAUAUUCAGCAAGAUGUGUUUAAGGAACCACGUGCUGUAUUUUAUGCUGGAUGUGUCGUCUUAGGCAUUGAGUUUCUUCAUUCAAAGAAGAUUGUAUAUCGGGAUUUAAAGCUGGAUAAUUUACUUUUGGACUCCGAGGGAUUUGUAAAGAUGGCUGAUUUCGGUUUGUGUAAAGAAGGUAUGGGCCCAGACGAUCGAACGUCUACAUUUUGUGGGACACCUGAAUUCUUGGCUCCUGAAGUUCUCACAGAUUCUUCAUAUACCCGUGCUGUCGACUGGUGGGGUUUGGGUGUACUUAUUUUUGAAAUGCUUGUUGGUGAGUGUCCUUUCCCGGGUGAAAGUGAAGAAGAAAUCUUCGACAGUAUAGUCAAUCAAGAAGUCCGCUAUCCCCGUCAUUUAAGCAUGGAAGCUACUAUAAUAAUGCGACGUCUGCUACGACGAAAUGCUGCACAACGACUAGGAUCUUCUGCUCAAGAUGCUGAAGAGAUUAAAAGGCAACCGUUCUUCCGUAAACUUGACUUUGCAGCGCUUUUAGCUCGUAAAAUAAAACCACCAUUCGUUCCUGUUGUUUCUAAUCCUGAAGAUGUAUCCAACUUCGAUGAAGAAUUCACCAAGGAACGAGCCGUUCUUACACCAGCCAAAGAACGUCCACCACUUCUUGAAGCAGAUCAAUUCAAUUUCCAGAAUUUCGAUUAUAAUUCACCUUCUAUAUUAUAAAAAUUAUAUAUGUCCGGUAAAAGUGUUGGAUAAUGUUUCUCUCACCCCCUUCCUCUCUCUCCCUCAAACUUUAGCACACUAUGAAUACUUUUCACCCAAUUUCCUUAUACUACUGUCUUGUCUUAUCCUUUUGUGUUUAUGUCUUUUCAAAGAUCUCUUUUCACUCUGAUUCUCUAUUUCGCCUUUUUUUAUGUGUCUUCCAACAAUCCAUAUAAACAGUGUAUUUAAAUGUGUUGUAUUUUAAGGAAGACACAAUUUUUAACAGGUUUAAUUCCAUUAUAAAUAAAUAAAUAAUAUAUUUAUAUAUAUAUACAUACAUAAUAUUUGAAGCAUGUUUUUAUUUGGUUUUUAUUGUUGCAGUAGUAGUACACAAACAACUAAAUUUUGAU